AUGUGAUUCGAGAUUUUCCCUGGACUUGCUAGCAUGGGCAUGUGCUUGGUCAUUCCCAGAGUGGAUGCAUACCUCCACAGGUUCUCCUUCUGGGGCAAGGAAAAAAGAGUUGUCAGGUUUCAUACCAGUGGAGUUUGGUGGAAAGAGAUGGGGCACAUCUCUGGAGUUAAUCAUUAUUAUGUCUCCAAGGGUUUGGAGAACAUCUAUUAA